AUGGUGGUCACGAUUAGUUGGGCCUUUGAGCAUGUUGAAUACCGGGAGCUGCCGGCUGUUUUCGGUACUGGUUGUCCAACUGCUGUUGUUGUCAAUGCCGACCACCGACGAGCACUGAAGUGGUAUAACAAGGCCCUUGUAAGUUUCCGUCAUCUGCUUGAACAAGGCGAAGCGGACAAUGGAUAUACUCUAUUGAGUUGCAUCCUGUUCGGCAGUUUUGAGUUUCAGCAGAGGAACGUCGGUAACGCAUUGCGCCUGAUGGACAAUGCUUACAAACUGCUGGCUCGGAAUCUCUCGAACUCUCAGACUCUGCAGAUGCCCACGACCAACACCGACAUCCAGGAGAUGGUGACGGCUUUCUCGUCACGAAAAGCGAUCCUAAUGGCCACCCUUGCUACUCCGACGCCCCCCGAGUGGAAGUAUCACGCUGCAGAAUGCAACACAGGGCGUAGCACCAUCGCCACCUUGUCAGUGCUCGACGAAUUCCGAAAGCAUCUGUACCAGCUCAUGUAUGAUGCGUACGAAGUGGUCCGAAUAAAUGCCCUCUUGUCUCACGAUGAAUACGAAAUGCAGAAGUUGAGGCCAAGACAGCAGAUAUGUCUAGAAAAAUUGCAAAGAUGGAAAGAUUCCUUCCUCCAUCUUCCGGAUGACCUGCGAAAGGGUGAAACUGGGUGGAUCUCGUCCUAUCUUCUGAUGCAAUGGGGCGUUUCCCACGUUUGGCUGUGCUGCUGCUUGAGCCCGUUGGAGACCUCAUUCGAUGAGUACAUGGAUGAAUUUGCAGCUAUCGUCAAUGGGGCAGAAAAAGUCAUGGACCACAGUCCCGGAUAUAAAAUUAGCAGGCCCAUAUUCACUUGCGAAGUCGAAGUGAUACCACCGUUAUACUUUGCGGCAAGCAAAUGUCGCGAUCCGAUUUUGCGCAGGAAGGCUUUGCGCCUACUACGAGAAGUUCCCUAUCGAGAAAGCGUCUGGGCAUAUAUUGCAUCACCGCGAGUGGUUGAGAAGAUGAUUGCUGUCGAAGAAGGCCAUGACCAAUUUGUGGAAUAUUGUUUGCCCACGGGGCCACUCUCAUUACCACCAGAAGAGCGCCGAAUUCACCAUGUUGCCAUUAUUAAGGCAGAUAUGAUCGAAGGCCGGCGUCGCCUGAAAUUCCAGUGGAGUAAGGUUGCGUUAGACGACAACGGAUCGCUGAGAAUGGUGCAUGAGAAUGCCUGGCUAGAGGACUGCAUUGAAGAACCUAGUCGACACUCAGCAAUGUCAAAGAUGGUAUAA